GUUUUACCUGAACCCCGUGGGGUUGGAGCUUCUGGUCAACCACAAGGCGCUGAACCCUGCCCACUGGCACAUCCAGAAGGUAUUCUAUCAAGGCCGCUACUAUGAGAGCCUGGCCCAGCUGGAGGAGCAGUUUGAGGCUGGCAUGGUGAAUGUGGUGCUGAUCCCUAACAACGGCACAGGGCUGAAGAACUACGUCUGGGCUGACGACAUGGCCUUUGUGCCCUCGCCUGUGCCCUGGAACCCUGAGCACCAGAUGCAGAAGUUGCAGGUGACGCGGAAACUGCUGGCCACAGAAGAUCAGGCUGCCUUCCCGCUGGGUGGUGGCACCCCUCGUUAUGUGUACCUGGCCAGCAACCACAGCAACAAGUGGGGCCACCCCCGGGGCUACCGCAUCCAGAUCCUCAGCUUUUCUGGACAGCCGCUGCCCCGGGACAGCCUGUUGGAGAGAGCUUUCAGCUGGGGGAGGUACCAGCUGGCUGUGACGCGGCGGAAGGAGGCAGAGCCCAGCAGCAGCAGCAUCUACAACUUGAAUGACCCUUGGACACCUACGCUGGACUUCACUGACUUUAUCAAUAACGAGACGAUUGUGGGGCAGGACUUGGUGGCCUGGGUGACCGCUGGCUUUCUGCACAUCCCACAUGCCGAGGACAUUCCCAACACAGUGACCGUGGCCAAUGGCGUGGGCUUCUUCCUCCGACCCUACAACUUCUUUGACGAGGACCCCUCCUUCUACUCGGCAGACUCGGUUUACUUCCAGGAGGACCAGGAUGCUGAGGCCUGUGCCGUCAACCCCCUAGCCUGCCUGCCCCAGGUUGCGGCCUGUGCCCCCGAGCUCCCUGCCUUCACCCACGGGGGCUUCACUCACAACUAGGGGGCUUCUGGGAAAUGCAGCUGGGCUGUGAGUGCCGAGGCAGCAGUGGAGGCUGGGCUGAGCCACCUGGCCCCAUGUCCUCUGGCUGGCGGUCCCUGCCUGUCUCCCAUGUCUCUCCCUGGUGUCUGCUCCCUGCCAGGGCCAUG